UUAUUACAAAGUGAGACCGGUGAGAGAGAGGAAGUUUAAGCAGUUUAAGAUAAAGAUAGGAAGCAAAAUGGAAGGAAUGAUGACAUUCGAAAUUCAGCUGAAGCUGUUUCCGUCAGCGUGUCCGGAUGGACGUUGGUGGCCAUCUCCGUGGAGCGCUUCUACGCCAUUUGUCAUCCGCUGACGUCUAGGAAAUGGCAAACAAGAAGUCACGCCAGAUACAUCAUCCUAGCCGUCUGGCUUGGUUCGCUGGCCAUUAUGUCGCCCGUAGCAGUUCUGUCGCAGUUGAAGCCCGUCGGUAACGAUGGACGCCGGAAAUGUCGCGAAGUCUGGCCUGAUGAUACCUUGGAGAAAAGCUUCACCGUCUUUCUUGACGUCAUCCUGCUCAUCAUCCCGCUCUUUCUCAUGGUCGCCAUGUACGGAAUGAUUGUCAAUCACUUGUGGAAAGUGGAUCAAGGAGGCGGCGGGGAGGAAAGCGAUGCAGCCAUGAGUGUGACGGCCCGAAACACUUCGGCCAACCGGAAUUCAAUCGGCCAGACGGAGAGACUCACGAGCAGCGCCCUGACGGUCAAUGUUAAUGGAAACGGAGCGUCGACAUCACGCGCCGGCAUUUAUCGCGGCAACAAAAGGUCCACAGUGUCCGGCAGCACGGCAGGUCUGCCCGCCACGCCCAGCCUACGUCGCUGCAACCCGGAGCACUGCCUGAAAACCAAGCGGCGCGUCCUGAAAAUGCUAAUCGUCGUCGUCCUCGAGUUCUUCAUCUGCUGGACGCCGCUCUACGUCGUCAACACCAUGUCUUUCUUCGCUCCAAGAGCCCUGUACGAGGGACUCGGCUACACCGGCAUCUCUCUCAUGCAGCUCCUGGCUCAGGCCAGCUGUUGCUGCAAUCCCAUCACCUACUGCUUCAUGAGUUCGUCCUUUCGCCGGGCUUUUGUCAAAGCCUUCGGAUGUUCCAAAACGGAGAAUUUUUCGCGAUCCGUCGGGACCGUCUGAUAUCCCCCCCAGGGCGCGUUUGCGGUCGAAAUUUCAAACCCCCAGUUCCGAGAGUUCCCCCACCGUUUAUCCUGUCAAAUUCAAAUUAUUUUUUUGGAAUAGCAAUUUUUAUUUAAAGAAUUGUAUAACAGAGUUUUUCAAACAUGCAUAGCCUGGAUUUUUCAUUAUAUUCGAUUUACUUAAAAAAUCCAGCGGUUUAAUCAAUUUAUAAUGACAAAAUCUAAUCUAUCACAGUCUUGUUGUGUUUCUACUACUUGGCACCCGGGUGAAUCUUAUUAUAAUGAAAUAUGCAUCUAAAAUUGAAGUGGAAAUACACAGACAUCUUAUCGCUCUAUCAGUCUAUAGCUCAAAGUUUAUUCCUUCUCUUCUCUUCUUCAUCUGCUUCUAAUUGACAUUGAAUUUAUUAUUGUUGUAUCACUGGUAUGUUUCUUCGUCUGUAUCCCAUAUCGCAAAAUCAAAUAAAACAAGUAUAUUCGA